CAAACCCAUAAAAGUACAACUACAUUGUCAGCAUCAACUAGCUCUGUCGUGAGUGUGUUCUUGGACCUCAACCAUAGCCUCAACCGAGUGUGUACAAUGGCAGAAAUGGCCUGUGUCACCGAAGCUAAAGCCUACCUGUAUGGCAACAAUAUUCCUGUUCUUUUUGAGAGCUUGAUGACCGCCCUCAUGUGCGAGCAGCCUGAAGACCCAGUGAUUUUUCUGGAGACUUGCCUUGCUAAAGUACGAGACACGAACGGCAUCACGUACGAGUGGAGUAAUUUCAACACCCUGGUGCUCAAGAGUAAGAAUGGACACAAAGUCACACAUACUCUGCCACUAAAUGGAAGCAUACAAGCAAUUACGGAUGGCAAUGAUAAAGUUGUAAACUGUCAAGCUGAGAUUGGAGAUAAACUUGUCCUCUUUAUACUAGGUGGACCGGGCAGUGGUAAAGGUACUCUGUGUGCCAGGAUUGUGGAGGAGUUUGGUGGUUUCAUGCACAUCUCUGCGGGGGACCUUCUCCGAAACGAGGUAGCCACUGGAACUGAGCGGGGGAAGAUGGUGAAGGAGAUAAUGAGGCAAGGACAACUUGUACCUCCGGAGGUCACUGUCACUUUGCUGAGGCAAAAAAUACUGUCCGUGCACAAAGAAGCUGUAGGGUUUCUCAUCGAUGGCUUCCCUAGAAAACUAUCUCAGCACAAGAUAUUUGAGGAACAGGUGUGUGAGGGCAGUCUGGCCAUUGUGCUGGAGUGCAGUGAGGAGGUCAUGAUGAGCAGGCUACUGCAGAGGAGCACGACCAGUGGGAGAGUUGAUGACAAUAUUGAGACCAUUAGGAAGAGGUUCAACAGCCAUGAGCUGUCAACACAACCCGUGAUCCAGUAUUUUGAGAGCCAGGGCAAAAUCAAGAAGAUUGAUGCCAGUGGGUCGGUGGACGAGGUGUACUCUAAGGUACAAGCACUGCUCAGAGAGCUAAUAAAACAGGGGACCAACCCUUCCACCGAACUAACAGGACAGAAAUCCACUGAGUUAAAAAGACAGAAAUCGCCUGAGCUAACGGAACAGAAAUCCACCGAACUAAAAGAACAGAAAUCUACUGAGCUAGAAAGACAGAAAUCGCCUGAGCUAACGGAACAGAAAUCUACUGAGUUAGAAAGACAGAAAUCGCCUGAGCUAACGGAACAGAAAUCCAUCGAGCUAAAAGAACAGAAAUCUACUGAGCUAGAAAGACAGAAAUCGCCUGAGCUAACGGAACAGAAAUCCAUCAAGCUAAAAGGACAGAAAUCUACUGAGCUAGAAAGACAGAAAUCGCCUGAGCUAACGGAACAGAAAUCCACCGAGCUAGAAAGACAGAAAUCACCUGAGCUAACGGAACAGAAAUCCACCGAACUAAAAGGACAGAAAUCUACUGAGCUAGAAAGACAGAAAUCGCCAGAGCUAACGGAACAGAAAUCUACUGAGUUAGAAAGACAGAAAUCGUCUGAGCUAACGGAACAGAAAUCCAUCGAGCUAAAAGGACAGAAAUCUACUGAGCUAGAAAGACAGAAAUCGCCAGAGCUAACGGAACAGAAAUCCACCGAGCUAAAAGGACAGAAAUCUACUGAGCUAGAAAGACAGAAAUCGCCUGAGCUAACGGAACAGAAAUCCACCGAGCUAGAAAGACAGAAAUCACCUGAGCUAACGGAACAGAAAUCCACCGAGCUAAAAGGACAGAAAUCUACUGAGCUAGAAAGACAGAAAUCGCCUGAGCUAACGGAACAGAAAUCCACCGAGCUAGAAAGACAGAAAUCACCUGAGCUAACGGAACAGAAAUCCACCGAACUAAAAGGACAGAAAUCUACUGAGCUAGAAAGACAGAAAUCGCCAGAGCUAACGGAACAGAAAUCUACUGAGUUAGAAAGACAGAAAUCGCCUGAGUUAACGGAACAGAAAUCCAUCGAGCUAAAAGGACAGAAAUCUACUGAGCUAGAAAGACAGAAAUCGCCAGAGCUAACGGAACAGAAAUCCACCGAGCUAAAAGGACAGAAAUCUACUGAGCUAGAAAGACAGAAAUCGCCUGAGCUAACGGAACAGAAAUCCAUCGAGCUAAAAGGACAGAAAUCUACUGAGCUAGAAAGACAGAAAUCGCCUGAGCUAACGGAACAGAAAUCCACCGAGCUAGAAAGACAGAAAUCGCCUGAGCUAACGGAACAGAAAUCCACCGAGCUAAAAGGACAGAAAUCUACUGAGCUAGAAAGACAGAAAUCGCCUGAGCUAACGGAACAGAAAUCCACCGAGCUAGAAAGACAGAAAUCGCCUGAGCUAACGGAACAGAAAUCCACCGAGCUAGAAAGACAGAAAUCGCCUGAGCUAACGGAACAGAAAUCCACCGAGCUAAAAGUACAGAAAUCUUCUGAGCUAGAAAGACAGAAAUCACCUGAGCUAACGGAACAGAAAUCCACCGAACUAAAAGGACAGAAAUCUACUGAGCUAGAAAGACAGAAAUCGCCUGAGCUAACGGAACAGAAAUCCACCGAGCUAGAAAGACAGAAAUCGCCUGAGCUAACAGAACAGAAAUCCACCGAGCUAAAAGGACAGAAAUCUACUGAGCUAGAAAGACAGAAAUCGCCUGAGCUAACGGAACAGAAAUCCACCGAGCUAAAAGGACAGAAAUCUACUGAGCUAGAAAGACAGAAAUCGCCUGAGCUAACGGGACAGAAAUCUACCGAGCUAAAAAGACAGAAAUCGCCUGAGCUAACGGGACAGAAAUCCACCGAACUAAAAGGACACAAAUCUACUGAGCUAAAAAGACAGAAAUCGCCUGAGCUAACGGGACAGAAAUCCACCGAGCUAAAAGGACAGAAAUCUACUGAGCUAAAAAGACAGAAAUCGCCUGAGCUAACGGGACAGAAAUCCACCGAGCUAAAAGGACAGAAAUCUACUGAGCUAAAAAGACAGAAAUCGCCUGAGCUAGCAGGACGGAAAUCCACUGAACUAAAAGGACGGAAAUCCACCGAGCUAACAGGACAGAAAUCCACCGAGCUGAAAGGACAAGAGACCAACGAUCGCCGGCUCAGUGGUGAAGAGACCAACGAUCGCCGGCUCAGUGGUGAAGAGAUUCUUAACAUUUCUUCCUUGACUUAUCAUUAAUAAUAAUAAUAGCAUCAGUCAUCAGGCGUAGAAACUUUGUAGAGAG